AUGUCGAAGCAAGAAGAGAACCAAUCAAUACCAAGAGAACCAAAUAAUACCGAUUUCAUGCCGAACGAGACGUGGAGAAUCGUGAAAAACGUAGUCAUUAUCAGCUUAGCUUUUAUGGUUCAUUUCACAGCGUAUAGUGGUGUAGCAAAUUUACAAAGCUCUAUCAAUGCAGAAGCUGGUUUGGGUACAGCCUCCUUGGCCGCAGUAUAUGCGGGAUUGAUUUUCUCAAGUAUUUUUCUGACCACUAUCGUUAUCAAGUACGACAAUGGGCGCUCCGGAUCCAGCUCAGUUCUAUCAAGCAUGGCACUUCUUGCUGUCACAAUGAAGCUGUUAGUAGAGCCGAAUCAAUUGAUGCUUAUUAUUAUAAACGUUUUCAUCGGCCUACAACAGGCUUUCUUUGGAGCAGAUUUUACAGCUGCCUUCGUUUCUUGCGCCAUCGGCACUGGCACAAUUGGCUUCGUGAUGAUGACGUACGGGGUUGCAGACGCAAUUGGAUGCGCUGUCUCAGGAUACUUAGCGAAGAUUACCGGCCGUUUACCCCUGUUGUGUACAGCUGCUAUAAUCCAGACUGGACUCGUCAUGGCUAUCCUAAUAUGGAGACCGCAUCACAACGAAGCGUACGCAUUCUACUUGAUAGCCGCACUGUGGGGUCUGUGUGACGCUUUGUGGAUAGUGCAAAUUAAUUCAUUGUUCGGAAUUUUGUUCCCGGGAAGAGAAGAAGCAGCGUUUGCAAACUUUAGGCUAUGGAAAUCUGUGGGAUAUAUUGUUGCAUACAUCAUAUCCCCACAUUUGAGAACCAGUACUAAGACUUACUUACUCAUUGUGUUGAUGAUAAUAGGAGUCUCUCUCUACUUCGUUGUGGAAUACAGAGAUAGAAAAGCGAAGAAGAAGUUAGAAGAGAAGAAGUUAGAAGAGAAGAAUCAAGAAUUACAGAACAUCGGUUGUGAUAAUAUCGCGUUUCAAAACUUAGAUUGA